AUGACCUGUUUGUCUUUCAUACUCAAGGGAAAGAAGGGUUCACAGGAGAAGGCCAUCCCUCCCCAUGAAGGUGAACAUUCUCCCCCCGUAAGAUCAUAGACGGUCUCUCUCGUGGGUGACUAAUCCUGGGCUUCCUCUCCCAAGAUCCCGUUGAUCGGGGCUUCCAGAUCUUCUCUUACAAGGAGAUGAAGCUUGCGACCAGAGGGUUUAGUCAGGCGAACAAGAUUGGCGAAGGAGGAUUUGGGCCUGUCUACAAGGUGCACUCCAUCAUCCACGGCCGCACGCUGAGGAAACGUCUUAAACAGAUUCCUUCUUCUUUCUCUUAGGGAAUGCGUGUGGCCUGAAUUGCUUGUUUCCUCUCUUAGGGAAGGCUCAGAGACGGGCGAUUCGUCGCCAUUAAGGUGCUCUCCUCCGAGUCAAAGCAGGGAGUGAGGGAGUUCCUGUCCGAGCUGACCACUCUCGCGAACAUCGUCCACGAGAACCUCGUGAGCCUCUACGGCUGCUGCGUCGAGUCGAACCAGAGAAUUCUGGUCUACAAUUACCUCGAGAACAACAGCCUCGCGCAGACCCUCCUCGGUAGUUCUUCGCCAUCUUCAUCAUCUUCAACCUCAAAUCUGUGCCCUCCUCAUCGCAGAAUCCUCCUGUUGCCAGGCUCGGAAGGAGACAACGGUGGGAGGUUCGACUGGGAGACCCGGGUGAAGAUCUGCGUCGGAGUUGCCCGGGGGCUGGCCUUCCUUCACCAGGACGUACGCCCCCACAUCAUUCACCGAGACAUUAAAGCCAGCAAUAUCCUCCUGGACAGAGACAUGAAGCCCAAGAUCUCCGAUUUCGGCCUGGCCAAGCUCAUCCCGAUGAAUGCAUCCCACGUCAGUACUCGCGUCGCAGGAACCUUGUGAGUACUUUGCAUUUCUUCCAUAAGUCAGCAGACCCACCAAGAUUGAUUGAUUGAUGAUGAUCGUGGCGAUAGUUCAUGGGCGCCGGAUUAAGAUUUUAAUAGGAUUUUGCUGCUUCUGCAGACCCACCGAGAUCGAUAUUAUGUAACCCCCCAAGAGUUGACUCUGGCGGAGGAGAUUAAUCCUCUGGGUUUUCCUGUUUGCUCCUGUGAUGUUGGCCCCUUUCCUUUUGUUGACCCGCCGUGGCGCUGCUUCUCUGCAGAGGAUAUCUGGCGCCGGAGUAUGCUAUAAAGGGUCAGCUGACUCGAAAGGCCGACGUUUACAGCUUCGGUGUUCUACUCCUGGAGAUCGUAAGCGGCAAGCGCAACACAAACACCAGACUGCCCGUUGAGGACCGUUACCUCCUCGAACGGGUAAGCAGCUAUACGAAGAUUUCCAUCUUCCUCUUAGCCGCGAGAGCAGCAUUACUUUGAGGCAUAUUCAUUUGCUCUGUGUCGGGUUUUCUUUCUUCUUCGUCGUAAACAUGAUGAUUCUUCCGACAACUCCUUGAGGGUUGAAGCUUGGUUUCAUCAUUCUUCCUGCUGUUAAUCAUCUUCGGCAUUCAUUCUAAGAGCAAAACCGUUCCUCCGAGUUCUACUUUAUUUUCUCGACCCCCCAUCAUCUCCGGAGAUUCAUUCAUUCGGCUUUCGCUGGUGUUUCAGGUGUGGGCGCUCUACGAACGGGACGAGCUGGUGGCGAUCGUUGAUCCCGCCCUGAACGGCGACUUCGCCGCCGGCCAGGCCCGCAGAUUCCUGGAGGUCGGCCUGCUCUGCACCCAGGACUCCCUGAAACUCCGCCCCUCCAUGUCCGCCGCCGUCCGGCUGCUCACCGGCAACGAGGCCCGCGCCAAGGGGCCGAUCGCAAGGCCCGGCCUCAUCUCCGACUUCUGGGUUGCCGGCGUCGGAGGAAAAGGGUUCGCGUCGGCGACCACCGAGUCCUCCUCCGCCGCCGCCCCCCCCUCCUCCCCAUUUUCUUCGAGGAACGACGACACGCGCGCGUCCUUCACCUUCACCACCGUCGCCGAUCGCGACGACUGA